AGAAGUAAUAAUUAGUACGCGUGUGGUAGCGCUGCAUAUGAAACGCUGACUGUUUUUAAGUACGGGCUUGUUUUGCACGACGGCGUUAUUAUACUACUGAACUAGAAUUUGUGUGGUGUGAUUUCACGAUCUAAAUGGCAGCUGUGUUAAUAUUUGGAGGAACUGUGCUGCACAAAAUGACUUAACUUUUCAUGAAAUUUACAGAUGCUAUAUCACAUUACACAGCGCGAUGUGUAAAAUUAUCUUUAUCGGUGACAUUUGCAACGAAUUAUUUUAACGGAUUCCAAGACUUUUGGUCUUGAUUCUGUUUGUUUUUCUUUUCUUUUUCCUUUUGGCAUUAACGACAGCAGCCUGUACCGACAGGAGGACGUCCCCCUUACUCCCAUAUUUCGUCGUUUUGGUCCUGCCUUCCUGUGCUCACGUGGCCGUUCGUAAUGACAGCACUGCUGGUGAGCGUGCGCGGGUGCUUUACUGUGUUUCGUAGUUUCCCGCAUAACGUAAAGGGGUUGAACGUCACGGAGCUGCCUUUGAGGUUAUCCAGCACUAAAGCCGCCCCGAGCUACAGGAGAAUGGACUAUCAGGAUGCCAUUUGCACCCUGAACACACUACAAACCAAUGCCAGUGCCCUGGAGCAGGUACGCAGAGAGCGAGCUCACCCCCAAGUCCAGCUCCAGGCCAUGAGGAACUUCCUGCAGCGUUCAGGCCUCAUGGUGGAGGAACUGGAUCAUCUCAACAUCAUUCAUGUAACUGGAACAAAGGGAAAGGGUUCAACAUGUGCCUUCGCAGAGAAUAUUCUGAGGAGCUAUGGCUUCCGUACUGGAUUGUACAGCUCCCCACACCUAGUGCAAGUCAGGGAGAGGAUCUGUGUGAAUGGCUGCCCCAUUGGAAAAGACAUUUUCACCAAAUACUUUUGGCAGGUUUACAGCCGGCUGGAAGAAACUAAGGAUGCACAUGGUGGCAGUAUGCCAGCGUAUUUCCGUUUCCUCACCAUCCUUGCUUUCCACGUAUUCCUGCAGGAGAAGGUGGAUGUAGCAAUCAUUGAGGUGGGAAUAGGUGGUGCUUAUGACUGCACCAACAUAAUCCGGAGGCCGUGGGUGUGUGGCAUUUCCUCGUUGGGCAUUGACCACACUAGCAUCCUUGGGGAUACAAUCGAGAAGAUUGCCUGGCAGAAAGGAGGAAUAUUUAAGCCUGGGGUUCCAGCAUUCAUUGUGAAGCAGCCAGAGGGACCAAUGACGGUUCUUCAGGAGAGAGCAGAAGAGAUUGGGUGCCCAUUGUUUUUGUGCCCUGAGUUGGCUCAGUACCAGAGCUCAGAGGAGGUGAAAUUGGGUUUGGCCGGGCAGCACCAGUGCUCCAAUGCCUCACUUGCUUUACAGCUUUCGCACUGCUGGCUCCAGAAGCGCUGCAGCACAGGUAAGUCUGUUACUUCUGCAUCUGGUUUUAGUGGCCUUCAUCCGGCUUCAGUUUUUGAGCCAAGUCCUCAAAUGCUGAAAGGGCUGGCUGAGACUGAAUGGCUGGGCCGGACUCAAAUGCUGAUGCGUGGCAGUGUCACGUAUUUCCUGGAUGGUGCGCACACAGUGCGCAGCAUACAGGCAUGUGUGAACUGGUUCAGUGAGGUGGCUGCACAACAUGAGAAAAACGCCAGGGGUUCAGUGGUGCGAGUGCUGCUGUUUAAUGCUACUGGAGAACGGGAUUGUGCUAUGCUCAAGCUGCUUGUGAAGUUGCACAGGUUGUCCAACUUCUCCAGGAUGGCACAUCCACACGUGCUGCAGCAAGAAGGUUUAUGUGUCCUCCCAGCACAAUCUCCAGAACAUGGAGGAGAUUUCAGGAGACUGGUGUUAUUCUCGGAGAGCUGGACAGGGCCGUAG